AUGUUUGAAAUCAAGGUCUUACUGUUUUCGCUGGCAUGCGGCCUUGUUCAUAGUUCGGGAAUUCACGAACUACAACCGGUGGCACCAUUGGGAGCUGCUCCAGUGGUUACUGCUGCUAGCUCACAAUAUUUCCAAAGAACCUUCAACCGCUUGGUAGAAGCUCCACCUGUGUUGCAGCCUGUACCAGUGGCACCAGUUUUCCCAGUUGCACCUCAGCCACCCGUCGUUGUCGAAGCUACUAGAACAACUGUAUUACCCGCAGCGCCUACAAACCCUCCACAAAAUGAGCCAGUUAACCCAAAUGUGGCUAUUGCUGUUGCCACCGCACAUGCUGCAGCCCCAGUAGCAACGAUCCUGUUACCACCAUAUCCGUUCGGUCUGCCAGCCUUUGGAUUUAUUCCACAACCCGCUGAUAAUUUUCCUACAGAUAAUCCUAACAGGGAAUCGACAACUCAACGUCCAUCGACCAAGACAGCUACGACUCAGAAAGAUCAAGAGGCGACUACAGCUGUCCCAUCGAACAUCGACAAUAGCUUCGUUCAAGCGUUACCCUCAAAUGAAAAUGUAAACUUUAGGCAGUACCUUGCCCCCCCGUUACCCCAACAAGUUCCGCAACAAGCUCAGAGACCUCAAAAAUUGAAGACCACAGUGGAAGUUGUUCCAGUUCCUCUUACAUAUAUCGCCCCGCCUCCACUUGGCCUUCAUCAUCAUCACCACCAUCAACAUCAUCACCAUCACAGUCUACCGUUGAAAGCUGUACCUCACGUGCAUACUUUUAUACCAAAGACUAGAAUAAUUAUAAGGCCUGUAUCGGCUCCCCUGAGAGUUCGUACAAUAAGGGUUCCUGCAGCGCUAGUUGCAUACAGAGCGCCGCAGAGGGCGAGAAAUGUGCCUCGAAGGAUAAUGCAAAACCAACGUUCAAACUCUCGAGAUAUAGAGCCAACAACAUUUAGACCCGUCAACAGGCCACUAACUAAACCACCAAGAUUAUAA